AUGGACCUCGAUCAAUCGGCCACACAAGAUGAAGAAGAUGAGCAGUUCAUCGCUCAGCCCUCCAAAUCAGACCCCAACAUCACCACCUCCCUUCCAACAUUCCAAUCCAUCUCGAAUGCGACAUCUGCCUCUGGUCGUGCCAGCAAGCUCUUUGAGGGCUUGAAUUUCUACCUAUCCCGAGAAACACCAAAAGGUCUCUUGGAGUUUGUGAUCAGGAGUUUUGGUGGCCGUGUUGGAUGGGAUGCCACUGUGGGUAGUGGCAGUCCGUACGGUGAAGAUUGGGAGGGCAUCACACAUGUCAUCAUUGACAGACCGUUAGUCGCUGGACAGCCACCUUUCUCUUCAGCUAUCAGCACAGACUUUAGCAACAUGAGUGAGGAAGAAAUUGCCAAGCGGAGGAGGAGAAAGUACGUUCAACCUCAAUGGGUAGUGGACUCUAUCAAUGCAGAGCAAAUACUGAGCGAGGAUCGCUACGAACGGGGCAAGGUUUUGCCUCCUCAUCUCAGUCCAUUCGGAGAGGACAAGGGAGCUUAUCAGCCGCCUAUGGAGACAGACCAGAAUGGAGACGGCGUGGUCAAGGACGUUGAGAUGCAAGGUACUGGCGAUAAUGACGAGAGUGACGAGA